CAGCCAUGCGCUCAUGCAGUUUUAUGCUUGUCAAAAUCAAAAUAAAAAAUAAAGAUAAGAGAAACAUGAAAUAAAAAAAUUCAGUAGAAAACAAUAAAGUGCAAACAAGAAGAACAAAAGUGAUCAAGAAGUGACUCAUUUUGAUUGCAUUUAGACUUUUUCCACAAAAAAUAUGUCAAAACAAAUGAGCGACAAUCCGCCCACCUAUACGGAGGUUAUUAAUUCCCCAGUAUCAUCUAAUCCCCCUCAGAUUGGCAUAGUAUAUCCACCAAAUGCAACGCAAUACCAACAACAAUCAUUCCAACCAACCGCUCCACCACCAAUUGGCUAUGUUCCAUCUUACGGAGCAAUUGGGUCAACUCCGACGGUGACUGUAGCGGUACCGCCACAAAUUGUUGUUAUCGGAGGAUGUCCAAGUUGUCGCAUUGGUUAUUUAGAAGAUUCGUAUUCUUGUUUGGGAUUGUUUUGUGCGAUAUUUUUCUUUCCAGUUGGCAUUUUGUGUUGUUUGGCAAUGAAGAACAAAAGAUGCUCGAAUUGUGGAACAGAGUUUUGAAUUAUAAUUUUCUCCACACUUGUUUUUUAAAGUGGAACAAAUUUAUUAUUUUCUCUUUUUUUUUGUCUAUGUUGAACGCAUAUAUUUUUUUUUUGUUUUGAGUCUUUAUAUUUUGUUAACAUUGUAAUGUAAUUUUUUUUUCUUUAUUGUUGUGUACACCUAUGUUAUUAUUGAUGAAAUUCACUUCAGCAUACCUAUUUUUAGAUAAUUGGAAUUAUUCCCAAUUUAUAUGUUUUGAAACAAAAAAAAAAUGAACCAAGUUAACACAAAGAAAUGAACCAAAUUGUUCCUUUCUAUGAUUAAAAUUGAAAUGUAGAUAUAUUGGUAUCGAAUACGUAGUUUUUUU